ACCGCAGAUCAGGGCAGGAGAGAAACUAUAAAAGGCGCUGGAGCAGCCAAGAGGGAAAAGGAGAGGAACACAAAGCCAUGAGAGAGAACCUCGCUACUGUUUCAUCCCAAAGCAUGGCAUUCACUGACAGCCUGAAAACCACUGACCCGUCGGCAGACAAGAAGGGGAUAAAGAGGAAAAACUGGAGAAACAGAAUAAGAUUUCUCCUGAAGUCGAACUCUUCCCAGCCGAUACUGCACCCAACGAAAAACAGAUCCUACAGGCCAACUACCGAUGACGUGAAGCAAUGGGCGCAGUCGUUCGAUCAACUGCUCAGUCAUAAAUAUGGCAAAGCUGCAUUUCGUAUCUUCCUCAAGUCCGAGUUCUGCGAAGAGAACAUCGAGUUUUGGACGGCAUGUGAGGAUUUCAAGAUGCUCACGUCGCACAAAGCCAUGGCGUCCAAGGCCAACGUCAUUUACGAGGAGUUCAUUAAAAACGAAGCCCCCAAAGAGAUAAACUUGGAUUUCCACACCAAAAAUGCCAUCGCUCAGAACCUCCGCGAGCCCACCGCAACCAGCUUCCUGGCGGCUCAGAGGAAAGUCUACAGCCUGAUGGAGAACAACGCCUACCCCAGGUUUAUCGACUCCGAGCUCUACAAAGAACUGCUGAGAAGGGCUGAGGACAGUCACAUUAAGUCCUAGGCAAACUACACAGCCACUCCCGAAGUCAUUUGUUUACAGCUGUGACUGCGAAUAUGUGACCGCACACGAUGUCCACUCCGGCCGCUGCCUUGGAGAUAAUGGACCCGAAUGCAAAUUCUGAGCAUAAACAUUAACGACGGAGUGUGGAAAAUGCAAAAAACCCAAAGCCAUUUUCAGUUCGGUCCUGCCGAGAGCUUUCAACGAAGAAGUCGGGGUGGUUAUGCUGUGGGGUGGGGGAGCUGUGCUGUAUGUUUCCACAGGAAAUGCAAAGACCAUUUCAAUCAAAUGGGAUUACCUGAACUUAAUUUUACUACACGAUUAGAAUUUGGUAGUUUGAGCUAGAAGAUGUUGUAGUGACACUGCAUUCAAGGCUGAAUAGUCUGAACACUUUUUUCACAUCGAACAGACGAUGAAUGUAUUUUUCUGUGCUGAUAUCCACUUAAAGAUUUAAAAUAGGGUUCUGAUACACUUACUAUUUGACCCUAGUUUUCAUUUGCACUAGUUUACACACACGCAAAAUAUCAGUUUAAUUUAUUUAAUAAUAUCCAUGGUUUUCGUUCAUGGCUGCGUUUGGCCUGAAUUUACUGUGACAAUGUUGUAUAUUGUAAAUAUUGUGAAACCGCACCAUGUUGUAAAUUUAAGCUUGGAGCAGCCGGACUGCUCGCCAAAUAAAAUGUUUUCUCAAGUGGU